CACAUCUGGUCGAACCCAUCAACACCGAGACCUGCCAGCACCAGGUGCCUGUAAUCGUGUGGACAACGACAGCUGCAGCAUAUUCACAAAGAUGCCAGGUCGCAGAUCAGGCCGCGCUGCUGCCAAGCGUGCAGCGCAAGCUCUAGAGAACACACCCAAGACGUGGAAGGAGCUUGAGGAUGACGAUGAAACAAUGCAAGAUGCUGAGCAGGAGGACGAGACCAAGCAGGAUGAGGAUGCUGAUGCCAGUGCAAAGGAGUUUGGUGCUGAGGAAGACGUCGAGGAACAGGAGGAGGCCAUAGUCGAGAAAACACCCACCCCACCUCCACAGCCUAUGGUUCGACGCAAGCGACUCGGCCGCCCACCCAAGGUCAAACCCCCCGGCUGGGAUGAUGGCAUCGAGGUUCCCCGAGACGAGGUACGCCCUCGUCGUGGUCGAGGCGGUUGGCGUGGCCGAGGUGGACGCAAGGGCGCCCCGGCUCCCAUCACCCAGCAGGCGAUCGAAAAGGAUGGACCAGUAUACAACAUUAUUGAUGACGAGCUGGACCUGCCCGAAGAUCCCGAGGGAGAGACCAAGGUCGAUAAGAUGGGCUACCUGCAGGGCGGUCGCGAGUACAGGUGCCGGACCUUUACCGUCAAGGACCGUGGCGACCGCCUGUACAUGCUGUCCACCGAGCCUGCCCGCUGCGUUGGUUUCCGAGACUCGUACCUGUUCUUCACCAAGCACCGCCGUCUGUUCAAGAGUAUCGUCGACGACGAGGAAAAGCGUGACCUGAUCGAGCGAGAGUUGAUCCCCCACUCCUACAAGGGUCGAUCUAUUGGUAUCGUGACAGCCCGAUCCGUGUUUCGCGAGUUUGGCGCCCUAAUUGUUGUCGGUGGCCGUCGCAUCAUUGACGACUACGACCUCGCGCGCGCUAGAGAGGAGGGACACCAGGAGGGCGCCAUCGCCGACCCUAACGAUCGAUACGACCCCAACCAGCCUUACAACAAAAACCAGUACGUCGCCUGGUUUGGCGCCAGUCAAGUCUACCACACCAACGCGCCUGUUGCACCCACACAAAUGGCCGAAAUGAAGAAGCGCCGCGUGGCGGUCACUGAUACCAACUGGAUGCUUGAGCAUGCUCGGGAGGCCGCGAAUUUCAACUCCCAGAUCAAUGCCAUCCGUCGGCGAAACAACCAGGGCGUCUACGACAUUCAUACUAACACCAUUCAGUAUCCCACCACUAUGCAACCCACAGCUGCACGGAUCGAGCCGAUCCCAUCUUCGGCACCCGGCGCUGCGGGCGGCCACAUCUCCCAAGUCUUUCCUCCGCUGAACCCCGUCGUCGCUCGCAACUUCACGGUCACGGACACCUACUGCGAAACCCCGCCCGCGGGCAUCUCCUCUGCCAGCUACGACAACCACGUCAAAGGCACGGCCAGCACAGGCCGCAGUUACAACGUCCUGGCGCCCUUCCAGGGCCUCGCGGCUGUCAGUGACGAAGUCAAAGACUGCCUGCCACCCGAGUGUCGCGCAGCCUUCGACGAGGCGCUGGCUAAAGAGAAAGAGUGGCAUGGCAAAUGGGGAAAUGAGUCGACUACGAAGUCGAGACGCACGCCUAUUAUUGACAAGGCCAUCGUCCCUUACAGCGUGGGGCGGUGAUUGUGUCACGAUGGGAAUGUGACUGCUAUCGUAUGUUUACGCUUAACGCGGCAAUCAAUAUGACGGGACGGCUGGACAUGGCCUUGAGGUGGAAUUCUGGGAGUUGUGUGUCGAAUCAAGGAUUCAAACGGAAACAGUUGACGACAAGCCUACGCCCAGGUCAAGCAGGAACUUGUGGCUCAGGCAUCUUUUGUGUUUUUGUUUUUCCCUUCCGCCUUAAUGGAGGGAAAACCAAAGACGAGGGACAGGGGGCUUGCGUUAAUAUAUCACUGUUGUACGAUUAUGGACUACGCGAUGUUUGGUCUCUAUGGAGAGAGACCAGCCAAAAGGGAGGAAGGUAUCGGCGUUUUGGUGGCUUCGUGUGUAUGGAUCAUACCCCUUUCUUCUUUCAACGUUUCUCUCGGAGGCUUUACCGAGGAAUUUACACGAGCUGGGAGUCGUUGAAAAACCAAAAUGACAUACCCGUGAGAGGACUUGUCCUACUGGUGAUAGAGCCAGAGCCAACAAAGCAUUAGGCUUCAGGCAAUGAACGAAGGACUACUAGGUCCAAUUUUGAUACC